AUGGGGGACAUCAUUGACGUGGUGAAUGACAUGAGCCUGGCGCUUGGUGCGCUCGCAAACCAUAUUGUGCCGUUAGCCUUUGUGUUUGACGCAGGCUCUGGCAGCCCACCCGGCCCGGCACCUGCGGCAUUUUGCACAGCAAUGGCACCCAAGAAGGCGGCAAAGGUGAAGGCGAAGUCGAAGGCGGCGGCAGCGCAAUCGGCUGCGGAUGGUGAUGACAUCAUGGCCGCCCCGGAUGUGAAUCACCAGUGCAACGUGGACUACCUUGCCAAGGUGCAGGAUGCAUGGGCCACGAUCAACGGCCACCCGCUGUUUGAGAACCUCUCCUGCCGGGAUCCCCUCCAGAUCGAGGACUUCUACUUCGGGGGGAAGGUGGCCCCUCUGAGGUACCCCGAGAACCUGAUCAUCGCCGUGAGCUCCGAUCAGGUCAAGGAGGGGAACAUGAUGACCCAGCGAGGUGCGAUGGAGUCUGUUUCGCCGCCGGAGCUGCUCCAUGCCUUCAUCCUGUGCGUGGCUGAGCUGAUCGAUGCGAAGGUGUCUGAUUCGGCGCUCGAGUCAUGGCUGCGGGUCAUCUUGACGACGAUGUGCGUCUUCGAGAUGCUGGAGACAGCUGAUGCCCGGUCGGCUCGGUCGGACACCUUGCGGGAGGUAGCCGUGACCAACUUCAACGGCAUCGCCUGGACCGUCAUCCAGAAGGUGUACCACCUGGGCCUGUUCAAGGCGCGCAAGGAGCGUGACAUGGGCAGUCUGGCUGCAGAAAAGGUUGCGGCGCUUUACAAUGAGGAGCGGUCCAUGGCGGAGGAUUCGGAGGCGGUCACAGACUCGUUUGUGGACCAGGCCAUGACGGUUUGGAACCGGAUGUUGAGCCACAAGGAGAUCGCGGAGGUCGUCUUGAGCAUGGACUUCGAGUUUGGGCAUGAUGCCCCCCUGGCUGGCAUCGUCAACCUGCAGACCGUCAUCAGCAAGACACGCACUCAGGAGUGCCUCUUGUGGACCUUGCGGUGCAUCCAGCAGUACUUCGCCUGCGGGUACUUGGUCAGGGGCGAAGCAACCACACGCGGAUUGGCUGGCCACGGGAGCAAUCCUGGCUGGGUUGCAUUUCUGAUGUACAAGCAGGAGCUGCUGGAUUACUUGACCAGUGGCUUCAUCGACGGGGUCAUCGCCGACGCCGAGAAGAGGAAGGCGAUCAGACAGGACAAAGAACAGCCAGACCUGACGUGGCACUCCAGUUGGCUGGAGUCAGAGCGCUCUGCGCUCUUGCUGGCUGAGGCUUGCGUCUACACCAACGCCCAUGACCAUGUCCUGAAGCAGGCGCUGAAGAACCGCAAGACGCCGGCUGAGGCGCUAGCCUACGGUGGCCUUGAGGAGCUGGUGAAGGAGAUCACCAAGCACGCUGACAAGGAGAAGGAGGCUUCCGGCCAAGUCGUUCUGCCAGGCACCGCUCCAGCCCCAUCCAGCGAUGCAACAGAAGUUCCUGAGCACAUCCUGGCAACGUGCCUGGAGGAGCGACAUGACGACCUGGAAACCGCCGAGGAGAAGAUCUUGAAGUACAAGGCCAUGGCAAUGAACCUCGUCAAGCAACGGGUCAAGUUGCUGGUGGAGCCCUCGUCCGAGAAUGCCUUUGCCACGAUGAUCGCAGAUGCGGAAAUCGGAAAAGUCAGAGGUUCAGAAUCACGCCGUGUGAUCGCCAUCUACGACAACAAACGAUGUGGGGAGGCGAUGACGGCGCCGCAUCUCAGAGUGCCGCCGUUUAGAAAAGAGCACGCGCAGAAGGUCGUCCGGGCAUUCAUUCAGUGCAGGGGGUCCGCCGAGCUCCAUGACGGGGACCUGAUGUUUUUCUUUGAUGCUGGCCGCCAUGGCAAUGACCGGGCGUUCUCGGGGCUGUUUGCCACGGAAGAUAACAAGCGCAUCGCCCACGAGAAGAGGGUCUUCUUCCUCUCCUCCUCAGAGGAGUCCAUGCGAUUGCGUCGCACGCUGGUACGUGGCCUGGGCAGCCUGCAUCAGGUGGAGAUGCUGCAUGUCUUCAGCCGCUCCACGUUGGACAUGCCUGAGGUGAAGCAUCCGAUCUACCCAGGCAGCAGCUCUGGUGAUUUGAUUGGCCCAAUCAAUCUCGAGCGCUUCCAGGACCGCAGCUGGCAGGUUACUGAGGAGGAGAAGCGCAAGAUGCUCGGGGGCUUCAGGAUCGCGGUGGGUGGGCUCUCAGGGGAUGCGUCGGAGAGCACGAAGCGCACGCAGUUCAAGAGGAGUGAGCUGAAGCGGAAACCUGCUGGCACUGCCGACGACAACGUGCUGUACGAGCCCUUCUGCUACCACGGCCUGCCCCCUGAGUAUUACGUGGACAUGUUGGCUGUUUGGAGCCCGCGAGCUAUCAUUGAUUUCACCGCCUCGGAUAUGACUGCUGCCUUCGUGUGCCUUGAGGCGAGAGUCCCUUAUCUGGGGAUCACCUUCACCGAGCAGCACAUGCUACAGGGAUACAAACACCUGGCCGACCUGGUGUUCGAGGCGAUGUGCAAGGAGUCUUCGCCCCUGCAUGACCCAAAGCUCAGUGCCCUGCUGAAGCCCAAGACGGACCCCCAGACCAAGAAGCGCCCCCGCGCCAAAAAGGCUCCUGCGCCGGCCGACGGCGAGGACGACGAUGAGCAUGGUCCUGGUGGUGACUCCGGUUCAGACGGCGGCAAGGGCGGCAAUGGCAAUGGCGGCCCGGAAGCGAAGCCGAAGCCGAAGAAAAGGUCACGGAGGCAGACGGGUGGCACUGGCGCUGGCGGUUCUGGCGGUUCUGGCGCUGGCGGCUCUGGCGGCAAUGGCAUCAUGAACCUGAUGGACCAGCUGAAGGCGCUGCGCCAGACCUAG